CUGCUCGCCAAGCCGGUCUGCAUCGCGAGUCGCGACGUGUAGCAGUAGACAUCGCGACCAAAACUCAAAAACCAAAUAAUCGUUUAUCGUCCAUUGCAUCAUCAUGUUUGUGCUCACGGAGUUCAAGGACACGGUGCAAAUAUUGCCGCACAAGUUCAAGAAGAAGCUCAACGAUGCCAUAACCAACGAGCUCAAUCGCAAGCUGGCGAACAAGGUCUUCUACAAGGUCGGCCUGUGCAUCGCCCUGCACGACAUCACGCACAUCUCCGAGUCGUUCAUCGUGCCCGGCGACGGCUCCUCGCACACCAAGGUUAACUUUCGCUUCGUCGUCUUUCGGCCCUUCAUCGACGAGGUGAUAGUGGGCAGGAUACGCAGCUGCGACAGCGAGGGCGUGCACGUCACCCUCGGCUUCUUCGAGGACAUCAUCAUCAAGCCGGAAAAUCUCAAGCAGAAUUCCAUCUUCAAUCAGGCUGAGCAGGCCUGGGUUUGGCAGUACGAGGGAGAGGAUGGCAAUGUGUCAGAGCUCUUCAUGGACAUUGGUGAGCCGAUCAGGUUCAGAGUUUGCAAGGAAUUCUUCGCAGAGGCCUUGAUUGUCAAUCCAAGUGCCAAGAAAGAUUCCGAUGAGAAGAAAGAAACCACACCGUACGCACCACCUUACAUGCUCGAGGGUGAUAUCGAUGCAACCGGUCUAGGACUACUCAGUUGGUGGGCCAACGUAUGAUAUUACCUAUAGUUAAACACUGUUAAGUUGUACAUUUUUUUAGUUUCACUAGUUAAAUCAAAUUUAUUAGAUAAGAACAAAGUUAUAAUAAAAUCAUGUGUUUAUCCGUUAUUGUUAAGGAUAUUUUAACUAUAUGUGUAUUUUAUCCAAGAAAAUGCGUUGAGCAUCAAGGUGGUCAGUACCUAUCCAGAGAGAAAUUUUAAUCUAUUAACAUCAAAAAUUAUAUUUUGAUACAAACAAACUAUCAAAAAUAUACAAUCAAUA